AUGGGAAGCAACGUAAAAAAGGCCAAGGCCGGCAAACGGGACGCCCUGAGUAUUGAAACUUACCCCAAAAGCAUGGGCAGCGUAGAAAACCCAGACAUAGAAAGGACCAAACCCAGCAGAUGGGCACUGAUAAGGCCACUUGUCAUGGUUACGUUGACUAUUUCCUUCGGGUCGUCCCUCCAAUACGGUUACAACCUCUGGGUGGUCAACCAUCCAGCUGCGCUCAUCCAAGACUUUUACAACGAAACCUAUCGGCAGAGGAAGAAGGUCUUCAUCCAAGCCAACUUUCUCAACUUCCUGUACAAUUUGACCGUCACCAUCUUCUCACUCGGAGGUCUCAUUGGCUCCCUUUUGGUUUGCCCCAUAGUGGAUAAAUGCGGCAGGAGAGGCGCCUUGAUGCUAAAUAACUGCCUGUCCAUCAUUGCUUCCAUCCUCAUGGGUUUUACCUCCUUGGUGCACGCCUAUGAAUACACCAUCUUCUCACGCUUGGUCACCGGGAUAUGCUCAGGCAUAUUCUCCUGUGUUGUCCCAAUGUACCUCGCAGAGAUGGCCCCCAAAAAAGUGAGGGGGACCAUCAUGUCGGUAUCAAUGCUCUUCGUUGCCAUCGGAGUUCUGACCUCUCAGGUCCUUGGCCUUCCGGAACACCUGGGGACCAAAAAAGAUUGGCCAAUAUUGCUAAGCCUGACCGGGUUCCUGGCAAUGUCCCAAAUCAUCAUCUUGCCUGCCUUCCCGGAAAGUCCGAGGUACCUUCUGAUUCAGAGGAGGGAUGAAGAGAAAGCGAGGCAAGCCUUGAAGAAGCUGAGAUGCCAGGAAAACGUGGACCGUGAAAUUGAAGAGCUCUACCAGGAGAACCUCAUGGAGAGGACCGAAAGGGCUAUGAACGGAUUUCAGCUGCUCUUCUAUCGAGGCCUGCGAUGGCAAAUCAUCUCUGUCAUCGUCUUGAUGGGUGGCCAGCAGCUCACGGGCAUCAACGCGGCAUACUAUUAUGCAGAGAGAAUCUACGCCGGCAUGUAUCUCAACAGACAAGAGACUCGAUACAUCACGAUGGCCUCAAGCAUUUGCAGCAUUCUCACGCUGAUGGUUGUGGUUUAUGCGAUUGACAUUGUCGGGCGGAGAGUUCUGAUUCUCACCGGCUUUGGGCUUUGCAGCCUCCUCUGUGUCCUGUUAACCUUGACGCUUGAACUGCAGAUAACCAUCCCAUGGAUGUCUUACAUCAGUUCAUCUCUUCUUUUCGUCUUCCUUAUUGGACAUGCCACCGGACCAGGUCCAAUACCCAACGUGAUCAUCGCGGAACUGUUUCUUCAGUCAUCUCGGUCCACAGGUUUCGUGCUUGGGGGAUUAGUGCAUUGGCUCCUAAAUUUCGUUAUGGGGGUGCUCUUCCUUCAGAUAGAAACCCGUAUUGGCUCCUACAGUUUCCUCCUCUUUUGGCCUCUGUGCGUCGGAACCUUCAUUUUUAUCUUAAAGGUGAUCCCAGAAACCAUGAACCGGAACUUUCUAGAGAUCAGGAGGCUCAUGUCAGCCCAACAGGCCAGGAGAAUCCAAGUCCAGGCGACGGAUGUCAAGAGGAAUACACGCAGGAGGUCCACGCAGCACGGUAAAAGAAAGAGACGAAAAUCCUCCGCUCGCUAG